CCCAAUCUCUCUCUCUCUCUCUCUCUGUGCAUGCAGGUCCCACUAUAAGGAAUACCUGGUGAGCCGCAUCAACAGCCACUCCCUGGACCCGGCCGAACUCUUCAGCGAGGAGGAGUUGCAGCGGCACCUGGCUCGGUGUGGCAGAGGGCAGCCACCCAGGGCACAAGGGGAAGACGAAGCUGCCUACAGGAACCGGCUGUACCAGGCUAUCACCAGCAUUCCGCUGGGAGACAAAAUCCCGAGGGUGAGGAAAUGAGCUGUGAUCCUGGAUCCUACCUGAACCGCUGCCAAGAAGAAGGAUUUCUGCUUAAUAAAGCAGCUGCACAAUCGACUUCCACUCAGUUAUUGAAACAGAUUUGAGUUUACUUCCCCCAUCUCCCUGGCUGCCUCUGACUGCAUUAUGCACUGCCCCUGUACUGAAUCCUGUGUUAAGGCACUGUCUCCCUGUUCCCAAGCGGUGUUGUCUCUGUCCGAGCUUCAGUCGUGUCUGUCGUCUGUUUAUCAGACUGUUAGAUCCUCCCCAGUCCUCAUCCUCCUCUGUUCCAUGUCGGGUGAGAACUAUGUUCUGAACUGAUGUUGCUUCACAUCCCUCCAGUUGUCACUGACCGUACUAACCUCGACUUCCACUGCAGAUUGCAGGAUGUGACUUACUGAUUUCCCCUAACUCCCUGUUUUCCACCUUCCAUAAAGCCCUGCUGGUUGUGGUGAUCACCCGUUGACGUAUCAUUAUCUAAAAGACAUUUUGGGUCACCACGACGCACAAGUUCAAGUUCUGAGCUCGUAACUGGGUAAACCGCGUUCAAUAUGGUGUAAGAUUUAAGAGAUGUGCCAUUGUUAUCCGGAAAGGGUACACUCCCAUCAAUUUAUCUCUGGUAUCCCCGUGAUUGUCAAAGUAGAUGUAUCCCCAUGUUAUUGCCAACCUUCUCCUUAGUGAGGUGCCUGCAAUCUGACCUGGGUUUAUCCACAUUGACAGUACCCCGCGUGCACACACACACACACACACAUACACCCCUCCACUACAGUGGUCAGGCCGUGACCCCCCCCCCCCCCCCCCCCCCCCCCCGUGCCAGGCUUCAGUCUGUUUCAAAUGGGGUGCACUCUCACCCUCUAUCAAAGUUCACCGUCACAUCCUCCUACGUUUGCAUCUUCUGUUUUUAUACUCAGAAUUACAAUAGCCUUUAUUGUCACGUGUAUGCGAAUGAAAACAGUGAGAAGUUUGUCAAGAUGCCUCUCGGCGCCAUCUUUUGUAUGGGGUGCCUCGGUACAGAUACUGUGUAAGUGUUGUCGCCGAAUUGAAAUCACGAGGAAAAAAAAAUGACGGGCAUAGGAAUACAGAGUUGGAAAGUCUAGACUGAGAAUAAAAAUUGUCUAUAAAGUACACAAGCUCAUCGCCCUUUAUCUUUUUCCAACCUGUGUGCGCGCCUGCCUGACUUCAAGCUACGAAGCCACAUUAUCUCCACAUGCUGUCCUUCGUUUGGCACUUGCCUUGCCUGCCCGCUCCAGCCAUCCACCCUCUGACAUAGGACGGCGCUGGUGGUGGUCCGCACAAUCUGCUAUGUGGGUACCACUACCCCCAUCUGAUAUCCACCCUCCGGGCCGACCACCAACAUUGUCCUAUAUCCGCCCUCUGUGCCAACCACCACCAGCAUCAUUUUGUAUCAGCCCUGUGUGGAUACCACCAGCACUUUCCUAUAUCCGCCCUCUGUGCAGACCACUGCCAGCACCGUCCCAUAUCUGCCCACAGUGUGGAGACCAAGAGGACAGUCCUAUAUCUGCCCUCUGUGCAGCAAUCACCACCAGCACCAUCCAAUAUCCGCCCUCUGUGCGGACCACCAACAGUGCCAUCCUAUAUCUGCCCUGUGUGCGGACUACCACCAGGACCACCAUCCUAUAUCAGCCCUCUGUGCGGAUCACCACCAGCACCCUCCCAUAUCUGCCCACUGUGCGGAGACCAAGAGCACUGUCUUACUCCUGCCCUCUGUGCAGAUAUCACCACCAGCACCAUCCUAAAUCCACCCUCUGUGCAGAUACCACCAGUACCGUGCUACAUCCACCCUCUGCACAGAUACCACCAGCACGGUGCUAUAUCCGCCCACUAUGCGGACACCACCAGCACCGUCCUAUAUCCGCCCUCUGUGCGGGACACCACCAGCACCAUCAUAUAUCAGCUCUCUAUGCAGACCACCACCAGCACCGUCCGAUAUCCACCCUCUGUGCGGAUGCCACCACCAGCACCAUCCGACAUCCGCCCUCUGUGGGGACCAACAGUGCCAUCCAAUAUCCGCCCUCUGUGUGGAUACCACGAGCACCGUACUAUAUCUGCCUUCUGUGCGGACCACCACCAGCACCGUGCUAUAUCCACCCCCUGCUAAGAUACCACCAGCACCAUGCUAUAUCUACCCUCUGUGCGGGACACCACCAGCACAGUCCCAUAUCUGCCCACUAUACGGAGACCAAGAGCACUGUCCUAUAUCUACUCUCUGUGCAGAUAUCACCACCAGCACCAUCCUAUAUCCGCCAUUUGUGCAGACCACCAACAGCACCGUCCGAUAUCCGCCAUCUGUGCCGGACACCACCAGCACCGUCCUAUAUCCGCCCUUUGUGCGGGACACCACCAGCAUCGUCCUAUAUUCGCCCUCUGUGCGGGACACCACCAGCAUCGUCCGAUAUCCGCCCUCUGUGCGGGACACCACCAGCACAGUCCCAUAUCUGCCCACUAUACGGAGACCAAGAGCACUGUCCUAUAUCUACUCUCUGUGCAGAUAUCACCACCAGCACCAUCCUAUAUCCGCCAUUUGUGCAGACCACCAACAGCACCGUCCGAUAUCCGCCAUCUGUGCCGGACACCACCAGCACCGUCCUAUAUCCGCCCUUUGUGCGGGACACCAUCAGCAUCGUCCGAUAUCCGUCCUCUGUGCGGGACACCACCAGCAUCGUCCGAUAUCCGUCCUCUGUGCGGGACACCACCAGCACCGUCCGAUAUCUGCUCUCUGUGCGGGACACCACCAGCACCAUCCUAUAUCUGCCCUCUGCGGGACACCACCAGCACCAUCCUAUAUCCGCCCUCUGUGCGGACCACCAACAGCACAAUGCUAUAUCCACCCUCUGUGCAGAUACCACCAGCACCGUGCUAUAUCUACCCUCUGUGCGGACCACCAUCAGCUCUGUCCUAUAUCCACCCUUUGUGCGGAUGCCACCACCAGCACCGUCCUAUUUCAGCCCUUUGUGUGGACCAACAGUGCCAUCCUAUCUCCACCCUCUGAGCAGAUACCACCAGCACCGUACAAAUCUGCCCUGUACGUGGACAACCCCAGAAGCACCGUCCGAAAUCCGCCCUCUGUGCGGAUACCACCACCAGCACUGA